GUUUUGAAGUAUGAAGUAAGCCAGGCUUUCUGAUUUAAAAUAUUCAAAGGAGAAUGCUUUAAUGUAUCAAAUUUAGAAGAUUAUCCUAAUUUUUUUAGAAAUUCCAAAAACCAGAGAAGAGAUAGGAUAAACCGAAGUCAAAGUCACGCAAGCACACAGCUAUCAGACCAGAUUCUUUACAAAAUGAACCAUGACUUGAACCAGGAAGGAUGUAGGAUAAAAUAAGAUCAAAAAGAUCCCUCAGAAGCUCUACAAGCCACUUAAACAACAAAGUUACACCCUCCAAAACAACAACGACGCCUCUAGAAAUUACCAUCUCAGUGCCUAUAACCCACAACUCUAGACAUCAAGACCAAAGGGCACCUAAAAGUACUCUCCCAAAAGCUUGAACCCAUCACUAAAUCUCAUACAAACACCUUUAAACCUAACCUGCGAUCUCAAAGCAGUAUUUCAAUCCAGAGAUCUACUAAUUCUUCAAGAUCUAAAAUUUUGGAACAAAGGAGCGACCAGAAAGAAUUGGGUAAAUGUACCGCCCAAAGCAAAUUUUUGAAGAAAUUUGAUAGAUCGAUGAACAAAUAUUACCGAAGAAUGAAACUAACCAAGGGAGAAAACUCAGCUGAGUGGCAAAGCCCAUUUAUUACAUACAAGACUGGUCAGAAGCGAUUAAAGAGUGAAACAAGGAAUAUUUCUGUGUUCCAGAAGAGAAUUAAAGAUAGAAUCAAAGAAUCUAAUCAGAAAUUAUUUAAUCUGAGCUCUAUCGAGUCUCCAAAUCCAAAAUUCUUCAACAAGAAAAUAGAACAAGCCAGCUCAGGGAUUUAUAUGAACAGAGUGCUGGAGUAUGUGAGGAGUCAGGGAAGCAGAUAGAGUAGAAGAAGAGACAGGAGAGUAAGGAUGGUUGUGUAAAAGGAAUUUUUGAAAAAUCUGUAUUUUGA